GCAUAAUACUGACAAUAUUGGGUUACUUGGCCGCUGCUGCCCAUUGGCAGCGGAAUGGUGGCGCAGGGCAGAGGUGUGGAGGACUCCUUCAGUGUCCUGGACCUGGCGGAGUACACCAAGAACCAGCCUUGGUGGCACAAGGUCUUCACCCGCAGCUCAGGGUCGAGCGCUGACAAGUACAACGUGGCCACGCAGCUGCUGAUCAGAGGGGUCACAGAUUGGUGUACUGGAUUUGUCUUCCAGAAAGUUGGAAAGCUGGCAGCAACAGCGGUGGGAGGUGGCUUUUUCCUACUUCAGACUGCAAAUCACACAGGAUACAUCAAAGUGGACUGGAAGCUGGUAGAAUGGGAUAAAGCCAAGCAGCAACUGAAAUUUCACAGCAGUGGUAAUAAAAUGUCUCCAGAAGUGAAAAGCAGAGUAGAUGAGGUGAUCAUAUUUCUGAAGAAGCAUGUUACCGUAACAGGAGGGUUUGCUGGAGGAUUCCAGCUCGGAAUGGCAUCCUAGAAACUAUGUUUGACUCUCCAUGCCCAGCCUUCCCUGCCCUCCUCUACUGUGGUUUUCUCUCACUUAGAAGUCAAAGGAUAUUGCAAAUAUGCUCAGUCUGU